AUGAAUGAGAUGAUUCAGACUCGUUCCGCGACAAAGAGAAACAGACAACAGAACAUAUCGACCAGCGUCGACGACCAAACUUGUUAUGGGUGCUGGCAGCAUCCACCAGAAGAUAUCAUGCAAAAAAUAUUACAACAUAUGAGCUUAGAUGAUCGUUUACGCUUAAGCUUCGUGUGCAAGUACUGGCAGUCGUUUGCUACUCGAAGAGACAUGCCCAGUGGUGGACAACUCCCCUGGUUAGUGCUCCCUCAACCCCCAAAUUCUCAGUUCUUGAGCUUUGCCAACCUCUCUAAGCGCGAAGUUGUGUGGUUGAAUAUGCCUAAGCCAGUUAAAGGCGUGUGUUUUCAUGCUUCUUCCAGAGGUUGGUUGAUUCUGUUUAGAGGAAGACGACCAGAAGGUCAUAUGUUUAUGAUAAAUCCACUUUCUGGAGUUCAACACAACCUUCCGGCCUUGAAAACAAUUGUAACUUUCCGAAUCGGUUUUAGGAAAUGGCGUGAACCCCAAAACUUUGUUACUAAAAUUGCACUGUCUAGUCCAAAUACCUUAAAAUGUAUAGUGGCAGCAUUUUUUAGUAGUCAUGAGUUAGGUUUUUGCAGACCUGGAGAUAAAAGAUGGAUUGUCUUCGAGCUUAAGGACAAUUACAUUGGUGUCACUGAUAUAUUCUUCUCAGGUACCACGCUCUACGCCUUGCUUCGUCAUAACUAUGCUAGCGAACGCUGCACAGUUGUAUCUUACCCCAUAACUUUUGAAGAUCAUGUCGUGGAAUUGAAGUUGAUCUAUGACGAAAUAGCAAGCUUCAACAGCAUAUCUUACAUGAUAGAAUCAUCUAUCAACAAUGAAGUCUUGCUCAUCCAUCAAAUGCUAGAUCGCACAUUCAUCAAUGAUGAGCCGGGAAGCCGAAUAUCGUCCGUGACGACGAGUGGUUUCAUUGUAUACAAGAUUGACGUCGAGUGUGGCAACUUCUUGAGGGUACAAAGUUUGGAGGACGAAACAUUGUUUUUGGCCGAAAAUGGUUCUUCAUUGUCCUUUCGAGCCAGUGAUCACGAAGAAUUACUAGGAAACUGCAUUUAUUUUGUACAACAUGAAACGAUCAGCAUUUUAUAUUUGGACACUGGAAAAACUGAGAGAUUGUUUCCAGAUGUUGUCAACCUGGAGGGUCAGAAGGGGUGGUUCACUCCAAGUUUAUGGUAG